UUCAUUCGCUUUCACUGAUUUAUUGCCCUCGCUGUUUCUUCUUUGGGCCUCGCCUCAUAGUCGCGUGGACUGACCAAUCUUCAAAGCGACCGUCCGACCUCCCUCGUUUUGCUUCCAACGCGCAAUUCCCUCUCCCCACGCUUCCACUUCGUUUCCAAAUACCCUUCUUCUGAUUUCAAGCCGCGGCUGGAAAGGGGACUGGGGAAUCGUCCGACUGGUGAGAAAAGUCCUGGUGUUUACCAACGGCUUCGGUUUGUCGGAUUUUUUUUUUCCCGAUUCGUUGAAUUCUCAGUCUCCGGAUCCAGGUCGUGGAUUUGCCUUGGAAAAUUGGGGUUUUGAGAGUCGAACUUCGUUAAAAAUCGCAUCUUGGCAUUGCAGGGAAAAGAUUAAGGAUUCGGCUUCACGGCCUUGAUAUUUGUUUUGCGUUAUGCCCUUGUAAAUCUUUUGCGAGAUGCGAGUCGUCAAUCUUCUGCGAGAAGUUUCAGAUUUUUGGAGUUGGAAUUGUGCCAAAGCAUAGGAGACGGCAUUGAGCUGUGUGGAAUUUCAUGGAUAAGAUAUGCUGUUUUCUUGCAGGUCCCUCGUUAACUGUCGGUAAAGGAAGAAACUCGAAAGGCCGCAGCACGAUUAGCUAUGGAUUUAGUCUACUGAAAGGAGCAGCAGAUCAUCCUAUAGAGGAUUAUCAUGUAGCCAAAUUCAUUCAUACCAGAGAUCAGGAACUUGGUCUAUUUGCCAUCUUCGAUGGCCAUUUAGGAGAUAGUGUUCCAGCUUACUUGCAGGAGCAUUUAUUUACCAAUAUUUUGGAGGAGAAAGAGUUUUGGAACGAUCCUGAUACGGCCAUCAGAAGUGCCUACGAGAAGACUGACAAUGAGAUACUUUCUCACAGUAGUGACUUGGGGCGAGGUGGAUCCACUGCAGUCACUGCAAUCCUUGUAAAUGGCACCAAAUUAUGGGUGGCUAAUGUUGGUGAUUCAAGAGCUGUUCUUGCAAGACGCGGAGAGGUCAUCCAAAUGUCAACUGAUCAUGAUCCAAAUUCUGAACGAGAGAGUAUUGAGACAAGAGGUGGCUUUGUUUCUAACAUGCCAGGCGAUGUGGCGAGAGUUAAUGGACAAUUAGCCGUUUCCCGGGCAUUCGGGGACAAGAGCCUGAAGACACAACUAAGGUCAGACCCCGAUAUACGAGUCGAAGAUGCAAACUCUGAAACUGAACUGCUCAUCCUUGCGAGCGAUGGCCUCUGGAAGGUUAUGAGCAAUCAGGAGGCCGUUGAUCUGGCAAGAAAAGUCAAGAAUCCAUUGGCCGCAGCUCGGAGGUUGACUCUGGAAGCCUUCAAAAGGGAAAGUAAAGACGACAUAUCAUGCAUUGUCGUUCGUUUCAAAGCUUAGGUUUCACCCAAACAAGGCAGAGGAUGGCAUCGAAUGCAACUCUAGCAAUCGCUUUGUGCAGCUGUAUUGGUUUCCCCUUUUGUACAGAUCACGAACUCCCCUAUUUGUGAAUUCCUUGCUAAAUAAUUUGUUCUGUAUGAAAACAUCACUAUUGAUUGGUCCGUCAAAUCUUUGGUCUACUUGUACAA